AUGAUCGAAAUUCUAUCGAAAUCUCCUGAGUCUCAAUAUCUUGAGGAAGAGGUCCUGGUUGUGUUUACUGGACCUGUCCAUCACUAUGUAACCCCGAAGUUUUAUAAAGCAACAAAGCCCUCAACAGGGAAAGUUGUGCCGACCUGGAACUACGAGGCCGUUCAAGUUUACGGUCGCGCAAAGAUAUAUAUCGAUACAAAGUCGACAGAGUUUGGAGAGUACUUGAACAAGCAACUGUCUGAUUUGUCUUCGCAUGCGGAGAAUUCGCAUUUGCGACUUGGCCUGGAUCACGAGGGUCGUCCUUGGAGGGUUUCCGACGCCCCGACAUCCUACAUUGAGCUUUUGAAGAAGAACCUCGUGGGCAUUGAGAUAGAGAUCACAUCACUAGCCGGACGAUUCAAGAUGAGCCAGGAAAAGGGUCUCGGUGAUAGAAACGGAGUGAUCGAUGGGUUCAGGCAAAUGGGUAGUAGCACAGGAAUCGAGUUGUCGGAGCUCACAACUCGCAGGGCAGCGCAGUAUGAUCUUGACAAACAAGCAAAAAAGAUGGAAAGAUCUUGA